AUGGCUUUUUUAAAGAGUAGAGAGCGGACCAAAGAGAGGUGAGAGUUGCUCACGUGCUGUUUACGUGUUUACCUGAACAUCGGGUCAGUGCGGGGGGGUCAGUCCGACCUGUGGUGUGCACACAGCGGCUGAGUUUAGACCGGCUGUCCGCUGGGCCCUCCGGGACUGAGAGCUGCUCCGUCAGCUGAGAGAUGAUGUACACAGACAGGGAUGGACAGGGACAGGGUGGGCUGUGAUCAGACUGAAGGAUUGUAUCAGAGUCUGUGUUAUUAUUACAUUGGUGUGUAACAGUAUGAUGUGGUUGUGCUGCCCUAUGCAAACUCAUGUUUUCUCCCAAGCUUUCUUUGUAAACAGUGUAACCCUUUUUAAAUUUAAAGGUACACUGCACCCUUUUUUCAUUAUCUUGCAACGAAACUAACACAUGUCUCUCUAUAAUACCUCUCCAAAUAUAUACAUAUAAUUAAACAAAUGGAUAUUUAAGUAAUCCCUUAAAUAAGUAAUGAAAUAGCGUAAUAGGUAAGGUAAAUUUCUUUACAUGAACCAAAGUGCUGCUCGUGUCCCUGGCUUUACAUGUUUCUUUACAGGAAUAUCAGCAUUCUUACAUUUUCAGGCAGAAGCUGAGAUCUCUGGACAUGUUCACUCUGUACUGAAAGAAGUUGUGUAUUUUCCUAUGAAUUAUCUGUACUCCACUAACCCAGCACAGCCUCUGUAGAUGCACACUGAGAGGUUUAAAGUUUCAUAUUACUCAGCUCUAAAGUAUGGGGAAUGACAUAUUUCUGCAUCAGCUGUUAUCAGACCGCUGUUUGAACUAUCUGUGUUGAGGUCAUAGUAAAAGAAAUAAAGUAGCUAAUGCAUUUGUUUCUCUCUGGACUGUUUGAAACAGAAAGGACCAAAAUAGAAGCAGCAGAACCAGAAAUACUCUACCGUUAACACACCCUGUUCCUUUGGAAAAUGUGGUGCCUACAAUAACCACAAUGCCAAUGUAUUUUCACAAUUUAGUUUAGAUAGACCCUUAUAGAUUCUUUGUAAGACAUAUAAAGUGAAAUAAUUCAGUUUUUUUCCCUCAAAUCAAUAGACAAGUGAUUUAAAAUGAAUUCGUGUUUAUUGCAUUUAUUAUAGUCAUACAUAUAAAUUAGGGGUGGAAGAAAAAAAUCAAUACGGUAUAGAAUCGCAAUAUUUUGUCUAGUGAUAUAUCAUAUCCUCUCAUUUAACAAGAAUUAAUUUUUUCAAACUUAUUGCCAAUAUGAAGUCAAAUCUAUGAUAACGGAAAAAUAAAAUCAACUGUUUGUCUAGUGGGGUUGGCCGAAGUGACAUCAUAGAGUAAGGUAAAGUUAGCACAACAAAUAUAAGGUUUGCAAGAUGUGCUCCAUGAAAAUAAAAUACUGUGUAAAAAAACGACACAAAGGACAGACACGUGAUAAAUCAGCUAAACAGUAAAAAUUAUAUUAUAUAUAAUAUAUCAAUAUAUGAUAUUGCAAUACUCACUGUAUUGCAAAAUGUUAAAAAUCGCAAUUAUAUCGUACCGUAGCCAAAGUAUCAUGAUAAUAUUGUAUCGUAGAGCCACUAGUGAUUUCCACCCCUAAUAUUAAUAUCUGUAGUAUGGGAAUUUACCCUUGUGGGACUAACAAAAGAGUAUCUUACCUUAAUUUUUCCAACUUAUGUGUCAAAAACUAUAAAUAACACUCCUGUAUAUAUCUUUUUUAACUCGUAAGUUUCUUAGUCCUUUAAUUUCUCUUUUUAUGCUGCUGUAAACUUGGAAUUUCCCCCUGUGGGACCAAUAAAGGAAUAUCUUAUCUUAUUUCUUUAUGCUCUCCAAAUUGAUGGCGCUCCUUGACCAUGCAAGUAUAUGGUGCAUCAUUAAAGCUGAGUCACUUAAAUAGUGUCCAUCAGCUUGUCUGUAGUUUUAGGUUGGGUCUUCCUCAUCUUCUUCUUGACAAAUAUCCGACAGGUUCUCUAUGGGGUUAGGUCCAGUCAAACACAAUAACAUCAUGGUCUGCACACCAUCUGUUAGUAGUUGUGGCGCUGUGGGCAGGUACUAAGUCCUGCUGGGAAAGGAAACCAGCAUCCCACUAUGGCUUGUUAGCAAACAGAAGCAUAGAGUGCUGAUAAAUCUCUUGCUAGUCAGCUGCACUUUGACUUAAGGGACAUGAGUCAGUUGGUUUAACCUCCAAAAUUCACCUUCCUGGUAAACAUCUUUAAACAGACACUGAUUUGUGGAAUACAUCAAGCUGAAAUUUAGUGUAAUGAAUUGUUUUCUUUUUUAGUACUUUGAUGUUCAUCAAACUGAAAACUGAAGAUUUGCUGUUUCAGGUCCUCUAAAAUCCUCUGUUUCAUUUACUUCUCAGGUUCUCUCUCCUGUUGUUGGAUCUGGAGGAGUAUUACUUUGAGCAGCACACUGCGUAUUAUGUGACCACCUGCUCAAGAAAGGACAGGUAGACCAACACCCAAACUAUUCACCAACAUUGAAAACCUCAACAUGACACCAGUGACUCAGCAUGGAGUCACCACUUUCUUCCUCUGUUUUCAAAUAUGUGGUCAUUUUAUUUCAUUUUUAUUUGUUCCACUUAUGGCAAUUUUAAAACAUGGGUUUUCAUCACGGUGUUGUGGCCUAAGUACAAGUGUAAAACUAAGACUGAGAUAUGAGCAUAUGGAUCUGUUUGUAUUGGUCUUGUACCUGUCAGGUGUUCCUAUGCUUUUGGAGCGUGCAGCUGUUCACCUGUAAGGAGCAGCUGUUCAAACAUUUUAUCCUGAUCUGAAACCUGAACAAACAAAAAGCGUCUGGACAGCAACGUUUUACUCAACAUUUAGCUUUAAUGUCAUCAUAUUUACACCUGAGAAAUAAAGGGUUCCAUCUCCAUAGAGAGAAGUCUUUCACUGGAUAUUUGUUUUCUUAAAUUUGUAACCCGCUGCAGUAAUAAUAAUAUCCUGAAAGCUGCUCUUCCAUAUGAACUAAAAUCUUUAAAAAUUAAAUAUCAGAUUUUCAGGAGAAAAAGUUUUUCCUUUUUUUCUUUGUUGAAGGGUUGUCAUUCCAUGUGAGAAGUAAAAACACAUACAAAAAAGUGAUAUAUAUGGCUGUCAAAUGUCAACAGGAUCAAGAUUGUCAAACAUGUGAAGGACAAGAUAAGCAAAGACUGCUUCGUCCACAGGGAGUGCCAAAGUUAACACAAGCUAAAAGUUCCUCACAGGAGCUUUAAACAAAUGAACACGAUAGCAAAAAUAGUUCCGCAGGUCGAAUCUGUGUUCUUGUCUUCAAUGCACUUUAUCAUGUUUGUUUCUAAUUUUGUAAUAUCAGAGGUUUAGAUAUCUCUAUUUCUAAUUCAGUGAGACAGAUUUUAAAGCUCUUGUGUCAAAUUUGGCUUCAGCUGUGGCCAACUUUUUUUUCUUCUUUUUUUCAGAUUUUAUUCUGUUUAUCAUUUUUCCUUGAGAAAAUGUGUUCUCAUUUAACAGUCAAAUAUAUUACUAAUUGAACACAUUUGAUGUGGACGGUAUGCUGGCACCUACUCCCAGCAUUUAGUUUCAGACAUUAAAAGUAGCUAGAAGUAGUCGUUGCACUCAAAAGUGGUACAUUUUUGCUUUGUUGGAUCUUUAAGACAUUCAGAUUAAUUUUAGUCUUUUUCACAGGACCCUAACAAUUCCUGUAAAAACCUAACAUCAACUGGUUUUGUCCUUCCAGAAAGGUUCGAGGCUCGCUUAAGGUCUGCUCCAGGUCGAUCAUAUUUGAUCCUGAUGAUCAUGCAGAACCCAUUUUAAAGGUUUGAUUUCAUCAUAUUUUUAUAUAAACAUCAGAUUUUUACUGAAGUAUACUGCAUUCACUUGGGAACAAGAGUCCUCUUUGUUUCUUUAUUAAUAUACACAGCGCCUUGAUUGCUUCCCAUGUGUAUUCAGUAUUUUUAGCCUGAUUGUCCCUGAGGCCAUUACAUAUGCACUCUGAAUGUGCUUUAAAUGCAUUAUCUCAUUUUAAAUAGGAAGUCAUAUCAGCCCAACAGUUUCUGGGAAACUGUAGUGUCCUGUGAGUCAGAGUGAGGUCUUUCUGACAAACAUAAUUGCACUGUUAUUAUGAGAUUGAUAUGAUAUGCUAUCAUAUGUUUAGAGUUUUUAAUUUGACUGCUUUUCCACUGAUUUAUCAUCUUUUAUAAAUGUAAAAUGACAUAAUUAACAGGUCCUUGUUAGUCUUUCUUUGUAAGAGUUGAGUUUAUCAUUAAAAGUUAAAGAGACUUUUCAAGCAGUUAUUUUAUCAAAAAUGGGAUCAUUUCUAUGUGACAGUGGGUGAGAUUCAAGGUCCUUCUGUAAAUUUGGAUGACUGAAUUAGUUCUCACUCAAAGGUAGUGUAACGGCAGCCUGAAUAAGUUUAACUACAGAUGUUCAUUUGGGUCCCAGGACCAGUGAGAUACACUAAUAUAUGAAAAACAACAAAAUGACAACAAAGAUAAAUCAGACGGCAUAGUUACUAACACAGAAAUAUUGAAAAUAAAUUAAAGGAUGUGUAUUCAUUUCUUUCUAAGGUUUUAGGGCAUUUUUUUUCUUUGUGUUAGAUUAGACGGAGGAAGAGAGAGGAGAUGUAGAGAUGUGCAGCACAGACUUCAUUUAAUAAUUUAUCUCUGUUGUCUAAAGGUUUGAAUCUGCAGAUUUAAGAAUCAUUAGUAUGUUUCUAUGGCAGACAGCAACGUUUACUGUGUUUUCCAUGUUUAAUGUGUGUUUUAGUCUUCAUGUCUUUAUAUAAUCAUCUGUCUGUGCAGAUUCCUCUUAGAGACUGUAAGCAGAUCGAGUUUGUGGCGAGAGAGAACAACCCAUUUAAUGAGUGAGUGUGUGUGUCGCAUUGUAGUGUAGUAGUCUGUGUAGUGUGUAGUACAGUGGUCACAGUGUUAAUGUUUAUUCAGUCAAACUGGUUCUGUGACUUCACAGUAACAUCUAAAUGUUUGAGCAGAGAGUAUCUAAUAGUUGCAAUAUUGUAGAAACUUCUCUGUUUGAUCUAAAUAUAAAGCUUGUUUCUAUGAUAAUCUUUAUUUAUCUAAUGUCAUCAUAAAGUGCUAUAAUAGUGUUUCACUCUCCUCACAGUCCUCGCCCAUCUGCUAUCUUGAUUUCAUGUGUCCAGGUGAGACAAAUUUAUUAUGUAGAUAUAACAUUUAUUCACUUGUUGACCUGUACGUACCUGUGUAUGAUAAUCUUUAGUUGUAUUUAAUGUGAUUCUGUCAUGUCUGAUUUCUAAAUUCAGGUGAUUUACAUCAAAGAAAGCAACAUUAUCACUCCGUAUAGGAAUGAGAGGGUGAGUUUGAUCAAACAAAGCGAUGAAACACGACCUCUCUGAGCUGUUUUUAUAGACCAGACUGGACUUUAGCUAUGAAGAGAGCUGUUGCUGUGCGCUCUCGUCUGUAAUGAGGUAAAGCCAGAUGCUAUUCGUUCAGGGCAUAUUUUCAAAGUUGUACAACCUCUUUGUCCUGAUUGUUGUAAACUUUUAAUGGUAAGCCAUAACGCCUUUUACCAAACAUGAUGUCAGCUUUAAAACUUCUGCUUGUCUCUUUUUAUUCAAAAUUCUUCUUUUUUUCAGGGGGAGAGGAAAAUCAGUUUUCAGUUGGAGGUCUGCAGUAAAACAGAAGAUGUGGUUCAAACGUUGCUGCAGGUAUAAAGCAUUAUUCUUAUGAGUGCAGGCUUUUCUUUUAUUAAACUUAUCUGCCAUGAUUUGGGUUGUUUGCUGUAUCUGUGUAACCUCUCUGAUGUUGCUCUGCUCCUUUUUAAUGUGGCAGCUCCACAGAGCGUCCUGUCUGGACAAACUGGGAGAUCAGACCGCCAUGGUGAGUGAAUCUGUGAAAUUAGAGAUCUCAGUUUAUACCAGUGAGAAUUUAAAACUCAAAAAGAUGACUGAUCCUUUCUUCUUUCUCUAUUCAACCCACAAAAUCCAACUUCAUUUAGGACUAGAAUUUAAAAUAAUCACGAGGUACCUGUGAUUAAGCCCUCAGGGAAGAAAAUAUCCCAUUACUCCCCAUAUAUAUACUCUCCAAUGAGGUUAAUAAACUACGUAAUGCCCCCCUUAUAUCGGGAUGAAUGGGCAGCAAGAACCAAUACAUCACAAAGCUUAUCAAGUGGGCACCUCCAUUCACAAGUGUGUCAUCUAUUAGGCCCACAACUCCUCAGGGGCUCAGCAGUUAGCUCCAUGCCCGCUCUCAGAGCCUCACCACGCCCACAUCAGUUUGUUAUUCUUAUUGAAUCACCCGGUAAGUACAUCCUGAAGCUGUGAUGAAACAACCUGUAGAUAUGAGGGAAGCCAGCUCAUCUAAAUACCUUAAAAAGGCCCCAAAACAGCCUUUGGUAGCUCUCAGUUUCUCCAUUUGUUUUAAGCAUGUCUUUGUAACUUUAUUCUCAUGCAGUUCAUACAUCAUAACUUUGAUAUUUUUGUAAUGAUUCUUUGCAGAUUUCAUUUUCCUUGUGGUGUUUUGCAAUCUAUCAUAUCUUCGUUUUUAUUUUACUUUUACUAAUAAUACCUGCUUUAGAACAAUGCUAGACCUGUAUUUCUUGCAUGAAAGGGGCUGUACAUAUCAAGUUUUAUUUUGAACUUGUGUCGUGAACCUGAUUUUCUGUUGUGUUCUACAGAUUGCAGCUAAUCUACAGUCCAGGCUGGCGAGGACAUCAUUUGAUAAAAACUGGUAUGUGGUCUAUAGAAGGUCUUUGGUUUACUGUUCUCUGUCUGUCUCUUAGAGUCUCUGUAGCCCAAGUUCUUCCAAAGAAAUUGUAGCGGGGCAGGAUACCAUUGUGUUGCAUCUCCUCUUUUUUUAACAUCUCUGCAAACAUUUGAAGACUGAAGAGACUAGUUCCUGGAGUUUAGAAAGUGAAAUGUUGUCGAACUCUUACUUGAUAAAGGAUCUCAGCUGCUUUAAGUUCAGUGUCUCCUUUACCAUAUUCUUAUGUUUCAUAAUGUACCAAAUGUUUUCAUUGUUGUAUGUUGGGACAGCAGGCAGGACUCUUCUAAUACAGAGCCGUGUCGACUGUGGUUUGACAUUGUCAUACCGAAAUAUUCAAAGUCAUUAUCUGGAUGAAUGCUAGCAUCAAAUUUAACAUAAGCACAUAUUUUUCAUGAAACAGUGACAUUUUAUCAGCUUGUUGUCUUUCUACUGUUUUCACUUAAAUAUGGGCUUAUGAUUGUAUUGGAUGAGGACUUACUUAAUGAUGAGAAAUGAAUUCUGUUCAAGUUUUCAGAGUGUAGCAGAGAAACCUCACAUGGAGUGUCUGGUGGAGAUGGUCACUCCUCUGGUGUCUAAUCCUGGUCAUGUCUGCAUCACAGACCAAAACCUUUACUUCCAACCAUUGAACGGUUACCCGGUGAGAUUUACAGCUGAGAAUAAAUCAUUUCAGAACUUUGUUUUAUUCAGCUGUAGUAAAUUAACCUUUUUUGUAUGACCUGUUAUCCAGGAGCAGGCCAUUCAAAUCAAACUAAACAAGGUGAGGAGGAUCUACAAAAGACGGCACGGACUCAGACCUCUGGUGAGUUAGAUCAACCUGAAACUUUGGCUAGUUCUCCAAGUUGUUGCUCCAACAACAGGGAGCGCAGCUCAGGAGAUUUUUUAAACUUGAUGCUUUUAUAAGAUUAUUACAGUGACUGCUAAGGUUUCUGUAAAAGGAACAUUACAUGUGUUUGUGUCUCCUCUCUCAGGGUCUUGAGGUUUUCUGCACUGAGAACGAUUUCUGCUCUGACAUCUACCUGAAGUUUUACAACACUGCUGACAGGGAUGAGAUCUACUACUACAUUGCCACCUUUCUGGGUGAGAAAACUGAAAGUUUUGCAAGUUGCACAUCAAUGUUCUUAGGUAUGCUGCUUUUUCAUAAAACUAAUAGAGGAACUUGGUGUUCAUUUUAGCUCGACAGGCCUUUGAAAGUUUAACAAAACCCUCUUUAGCAUGACAAAACUGCAGAUACGAGCUAUGAGGAGACUUAAAGGAUUUUAGAUGACAGUAGAAGUCAGAAACAGAUAUUCAUAGGACAAUUAUACACCCUUUGAUUUUUCUGGUCCAUCUUUAAGCUUUGCCGUCUGUCAGCUUCUAAACAAAAUCUCCUUUCUCCUUGUAACGGUGCUGGAGAUGCCCCUGAGGACAUGUCUAACAUCAGUGUGUCUCCCUCAGAGAACCAUGUGACGGAGCACACGGCAGAGAGCUACAUGCUGCAUUGGCAACGAGGUCACCUGAGUAACUAUGAGUAUCUGCUGCACCUGAACAACCUGGCAGACCGCAGCUGUAACGACCUGUCCCAGUACCCUGUCUUUCCCUGGGUCCUCAGCGACUACAGCAGCCCCCAGCUAGGUAAGACACUCACAGACAUUUAAAGGACAUGUUACUGUGUCUAUCAAACAACUCACAUGCUGUUCACAGGGUUUUAUGUCUCUUCUUUUUGGAUAAAGUUUAGUUUUUGUGCUAAACUUAGUUAACUUUCUUCUGUGUCCCAGACCUGACAAACCCUGACACAUUCAGAGACCUGAGCAAACCUGUGGGAGCGCUAAACAAAGAGAGACUUGACAGAUUGCUGGUGAGAGAUGCACGUUUAAUUACCAACAGUCAGAGAUUAAGUUUAUUAUUCAAUCAACAUAUUAAAAUACUGUUUCAACCCUGUAUAACCACAGUUUGUUUCCAUGAUAACAGGCUCGAUACAGAGGCAUGCCUGACCCUGCCUUCAUGUACGGCAGUCAUUACUCCUCUCCAGGAUACGUCCUCUUUUACCUGGUUAGAGUUGGUAUGUCACAUUUAUCAUGUUGGUUUGUUUCUAUUUGACACAGCAAAUGUAGCAACUACUUUUACUGCAGUCCACACGGAAAAAGAUAUCGAAAAAUCUGAAAAUAUUGAAUUACUUAACGUCUAAAUGUCAUGAGAAUGUGAUUAAAGAACGACUGUUAAGGCAAACUUACGUUAACGUAUUUCUGCACUGGAUGAAGUAGCUCAGUGGGAGAAAGACAGAGAUAUAAAGCAGAGUGUUUGUUAGCAUUAAGUCAUUACAGAACCUAUGCAGACAACACAAACCAGAAUAACAUGUCCUCUAAAAAUAAGACUGUUCCUGUGUUCAGUCACAGGUUUGUUCCCCUCCUAAAGUGCCUCUUCUUAUCUGAAGAUAUACAUCUUUACUCCUACAUGUUCAAGCAGAAAAAAUGUGAAAUUGUGGAAGUUGACUUUGGUCUCUGUUUUGGUAAAAAAAAGACCAGUUUAUCUUUUAAAUGUACACCACUUAAAUGUCUAUGAAUGUGAGUAUGCAUGCAUACACUUUGCUUUUUUGUAUCUGUUCACUUGAAUAAGAUACUGGUGAUGUGUAAGUACUUUAUUAGUCCACUGUUUAUUGGUGCUUUGUUUAGGAGUCUCUGUUAGGAUUUAUUAUUGACGUUUUAAUGCUCCUCUGCAGCUCCUGAACACAUGCUGUGUCUGCAGAACGGACGCUACGACCACGCAGACCGCAUGUUCAACAGGUACACUCACCGCAUAAGAUAUUAUAUCUAUAAAAUAGCAGAUCAAAGUGAGGGAUAAUGUCUAAUAAACAUUGGAGCAGAGAGGUCUUGUCAGGGGCUCAAAAUCCUGUCAAAUACUCAGUGUCUGUGAACACAGUUUGUCAUCUAUUUUAUUGUCUUUAUGCUUGUUUUCAUUGUGUAUUGAGUUUAAGUGACUUGCAAACUAUCAACAUCUGUCUCUCUGAACAUUUUACUCAGUUUUCACACUUUUUUAUGAUCGUAGAUGUGACUGAUUAACAAUACCGUGUAGCUACUUACAGCUAAACUCUUCUUGUCUGUAUUUACUGUUUAUUUCUCACAGUGUUGGUGAAACCUGGAAAAACUGUCUGGAGGGGGCCACAGACUUCAAAGAGGUAAGAUACAAUUAUACUGUUCAUUAUUCCACUUUAUUAUUCUUUCUUAUUGGUUAUUUUAUUGCACUGGCGUGGUGCACCUCAAUUAUCAGAUCAGCAAAAUCAAAUAUGCUGAGAUAAGCACAAUGACUUAAUUGUAUCUGUAGCCCAGAGGCAGGUUCUACAAACACAAAACUAAUUAUACAUAUGUGCCCUGUCAGCUGUUUCACCCACUACAAGCUUCUCAGGCCUUAUCCUAUACCCAGUUUAUUUUAAAAUAAGAUGUUAUUUCUGGACCUGUCUGGUCAAAGUGCUUUAACUUCAGUUCAGGGAGACGUUUUGUCUAGAAAUUGAUCCAAUACGCGUUGACUGUCUUCUUGAAUGGAGACCCUGUUGCUCACUGCUAUUUAUGACCACUUGGUGUAACAAUGUGUUGUGUAUAUCAAUAUCAUAGCAUGUGUCAAAACUUUAAAGACUGUAAGGUGAGAGGCUGACCUCACUAAUAUUUGAGAUUAUUUUAAGAUCUUAUUAUGGUGAUGGAUGGAGUCAAAGAAUGUACCACACGUGAUUUAAUUAUUUACUUUAUUCUUCCUAUUUAAAAAACAUAUAAAUAUCUUCAUUUAUGUGAUGAAGCUGAGAUUUUAUUCAUCUAUUUUCGAAGCAAUUUUUUCUGAUUAACUCCUGUAGAUCAAAGUUUUUUAAGACCUGUUCGUUGUUUUUCUGCUGCAGCUGAUUCCAGAGUUUUAUGGGACUGACUCCAGCUUCCUGGAAAACAAACUGAGUCUGGAUCUGGGCAGGAAACAGAAUGGAAAAUCAGUCUGUGAUGUUGUCCUCCCUCCGUGGGCCUCAGGUAAUGUUCUUUCUGCAAUCCAAAACACAAGAAGUGUGCACAUUUGAAUCCAAAUACCCCUCUUGGGAAAGGUAUUUGGAGCACUUAAUACAAAGGAGGCUUCACAUUGUCCUCCCUGUGCUGCUUUGCUGAGUCAUGGAGUUAAUUCUGAGCAAAGUAAUCAGAGCCCAGAAUAACUAUAUUCCUGUUUGUGCAAUAAAUAGAUACACAACAAGAAAGUUCCUGACUGAACACUUGAAUAAGUGCAUCAUCUAAGUGCAAGCACAAAGUCCAGUCUUUGAGAGUUGUGUGUUGAUAUGGUAACAAGUUGUCAUUGUAUAUGAACCCUGACUCUUGGAAUCUUCUGCCUCCUGUGUGUAUUUGUGUGUGUGUGUUUGUGGUGAAUGUAUGCAGACAGCAGUGAUUUCCUGCAGAAGCACCGGACGGCUCUGGAGAGUCAGUUUGUGUCUGAACAUCUUCACGAGUGGAUAGAUCUCGUGUUCGGGUUCAAGCAAAGAGGAAGUGAAGCUGUUGCUGCUCAUAAUGGAAAAGUAAAGCCAUGA